AUGGCGUCCGGCGGGGCUAGCAGUCAGACGCCGCGAUGGGUGCUGCCCCUCGGCGGCUUUUCGCUGCUCCUGAUGCUUCUCCCGGUAGCCGCCGUGCAGCAGCCGCUCGGAGCAGCUUGCUCAGAAAAUUCAAACAAAACCUGCGAAGAGUGCCUGAAAAAUGUCUCCUGUCUUUGGUGCAUCACCAACAAGGCAUGUCUGGACUACCCAGUUAGCAAAAUCUUGCCACCUGGGUCUCUUUGUAAGUUGAGUUCUGCACGCUGGGGAGUUUGCUGGGUGAACUUUGAGGCACUGAUCAUUGCGAUGUCGGUGGUGGGAGGCUCCAUCAUUCUUGGUCUAGCGAUCUGCUGCUGCUGCUGCUGCUGCUACAGAAAGAAGAAGAGCCGCAAGCCAGACAAGAGUGAGGAGAAAGCCAUACGGGAGCGCGAGGAGCGCAGGAUCCGGCAGGAGGAAAGGAGAGCAGAGAUGAAGUCAAGACACGAUGAGAUCAGGAAAAAAUAUGGUUUGUUUAAAGAAGAAAACCCAUAUGCCAGGUUUGAAAACAACUAA